CGAAGCCAUCAAUAAUUCAAAGCUCUUUUUCAUCAUCAUCCUCGUCGUCAUCAUCAUCAUUCAUCACCUAUAUCCCCCACCCAUUUUCACCGAUUCUCUCCUGAUUCUUCUCUGCCCGCUUCCCCCAAAUCACACUGCAGGGAUCUCCCAAGAACUUAGGGACGCGGGCAGCUCAAUUUCUUUCUCUUCUCUCUCUUGUUCUGGUCCUGUCUUUUCUUUGCUCUCUUAGAUUUUGCCAGAGACCCAAAAAGCUAAAGCUAAAGCUAAAAUUCUUUAUCUUUAUUGCGUAGAACAAGAGAAUUCUUUGAGAAUUGGGUGUUUUGUUUGAUGGGUUUUCGUUGUGAUUCACAAAAUGAUGGCGGUGCUUGUCCAUGGACUUGUGGGUUUAAAGGUUUGAUUAGGAGGAAACAGGUUGAUUCUAUCCAUGCCAAGUCUUCUGGGUCUGGUCAUCAUCAAUUGGCCAAGGAGUUGUCUGUUUUUCACCUGAUUGCCAUUGGAGUUGGCUCAACAAUUGGUGCUGGGGUUUAUAUUCUUGUUGGCACGGUUGCAAGGGAGCACUCUGGGCCAGCCCUGACCUUUUCAUUCCUGAUAGCUGGGAUUGCAGCUGCUCUCUCAGCCUUCUGCUAUGCGGAGCUUGCCAGUCGUUGCCCAUCAGCUGGAAGUGCCUAUCAUUAUUCAUACAUAUGUGUUGGAGAAGGUGUUGCUUGGUUAAUUGGUUGGGCUCUGAUAUUGGAAUAUACAAUUGGCGGUUCGGCAGUUGCUCGUGGCAUAUCACCAAAUCUGGCCUUGCUUUUUGGAGGGGCAGAUAGUCUACCUUUUUUUCUAGCUCGUCAGCAUCUUCCUGGGCUUGAUAUUGUGGUUGACCCAUGUGCAGCACUUCUAGUUAUUGUUGUAACUGGACUCUUGUGUGUUGGAAUCAAGGAGAGUACUCUCGUGCAAUCCAUUGUCACAACAGCAAAUGUUUGUGCCAUGCUCUUUGUCAUUAUAGCGGGUGGAUAUUUGGGUUUCAAGAGUGGAUGGGUUGGCUACGAACUUCCUGUUGGGUAUUUCCCUUUUGGGGUCGAUGGGAUGCUUGCUGGGGCUGCAACAGUCUUCUUUGCAUACAUUGGUUUUGAUUCAGUGGCCAGUACUGCAGAGGAGGUGAAGAAUCCUCAACGAGAUUUGCCCUUGGGUAUAGCAGCUGCACUAUCUAUAUGUUGUAUGUUGUAUAUGCUGGUUUCCGUAGUCAUUGUUGGUCUAGUACCCUAUUAUGCAAUGGAUCCUGAUACUCCCAUUUCUUCUGCAUUUGCUAGCCAUGGGAUGCAAUGGGCAGCGUAUAUUAUAACUGCUGGAGCUACUACUGCUCUCUGCUCGACAUUAAUGGGUUCAAUGUUGCCUCAGCCACGGAUACUGAUGGCAAUGUCAAGAGAUGGAUUGCUGCCCUCAAUUUUUUCAGAUGUUAAUAAACGAACCCAAGUUCCUAUCAAGAGCACAGUAAUUACUGGUGUAGUUGCAGCAAUCUUGGCAUUCAUUAUGGACGUAGAACAGUUGGCAGGAAUGGUCAGUGUAGGGACACUUCUUGCAUUCACAAUGGUAGCAAUUUCUGUACUGAUACUUAGAUAUGUCCCACCGGAUGAGGUGCCAAUUCCAUCAUCACUCCAGGAGUCCAUAGAUUCAGUGUCCCUGCGGUAUAGUACUAGUAAUGACAAUAUUGAAGAGGAAAAACCUAAAGAUCAUAUUGGAAGCUCUACACAGAGCACUCGACUUUUACUUGGUAAGGUGGACAGACCAAUUGCAUAUCCUCUCAUUCCGAAACAAGCAGCCACGAUACUAAAUGAUAACAGGCGGAAAAUUGCUGGUUGGACUAUAAUGUUUACAUGUGUUGGAGUGCUUCUCCUUACAUCUGCAGCUUCAAGUGUGGGCCUCCUCCCUAGCUAUUUUCGGUUUGGUGUAUGUGGAAUUGGUGUUGUUCUUAUUUUAUCUGGUUUGGUAGUGCUCACCUGUAUAGAUCAAGAUGACGCAAGGCACAGCUUUGGGCACACAGGAGGUUUCAUUUGCCCGUUCGUUCCGCUCCUCCCCAUUGCCUGCGUUCUCAUCAAUGUCUACUUACUGAUUAAUCUUGGAUCUGCCACUUGGACCCGUGUGUCAAUAUGGCUGUUAAUAGGAGUGCUGGUUUACGCUUUCUAUGGCCGUACCCACAGCUCAUUAAAAGAUGCAGUCUAUGUGCCUGCCACACACGUGGAGGAAAUAUAUCGGAGCUCUGAGAACUCUCUACCUUAGUUGGUAUAAUAGGGUUCAUCUUUUGGUAUCCAACACGAAGGCUCUUGGUUAUCUGGUCUUGUCGAAGAGACCUGUUAUGCGCUUGAAAUUUUAUUUUUUUGCUUGCUUUGCCUGUUUAAUUUUGUAAUUCUAUUUGUGAAAGUAUGUGAAAAGGGGAGGAGGGAGAAGAAAGGAAUGAAAAUAAGAAAAAAAUAUUCUUGUUGUAAAUUAUGUGGCAGGAAGGAGUGGUGAGUUAGGUCAGUCAUUUAUGUGUAUAGUAUGUGUUAUAUAUAUAUUUCAUCAUUGGCAAAGAAAUCUUUGCGAACAUUUGUAAAUAUUUCGCAAUUUAAGCAAUGUUUUCGUUGAAUGAU